GACCCAGGAGGGAAGGCUGGUUAAAGCCCGUCUCGUACCUACCUUGAAACCACUCCCUUUGGUCUGACGGCUGUUCCGUUCUCACUUCGAACAAGAACAAUCUCAAGACUCGUUAGUGUAUUUGUAGUUUUUAGCAGUCUAAAGUUUUUUCGCUCUCGGAAGCCUCCAUAAACUUUUUUUCUCUGCGGACGCGGACUUGCUGACAGAACAGCAUGGUGUUAAAGUCGGAAGAAGGAGUCGUUCCAGACGAUCUCACCCCGGAGGAGAAGCAGGAGCUGGAGAAUAUCCGCCGGCGCAAGCAGGAGCUGCAGGAGGACAUUCAGCGGCUGAAGGAUGAGAUAGCAGAAGUGACCAGUGAGAUCGAGAACCUUGGUUCCACUGAGGAAAGGAAAAAUAUGCAGAGGAACAAACAGGUGGCCAUGGGGCGAAAGAAAUUUAACAUGGACCCUAAAAAGGGGAUCCAGUUCCUGAUUGACAACGACUUGCUGAAGAACACCAGUGAUAACAUCGCUCAGUUCCUCUACAAGGGCGAGGGCCUGAACAAAACCGCCAUCGGAGAUUACCUCGGAGAGAGAGAUGAUUUCAACAUCCAAGUCCUCCAUGCUUUUGUGGAGCUGCACGAAUUCACAGACCUCAACCUGGUCCAGGCCCUGAGGCAGUUCCUGUGGAGUUUCCGUCUGCCGGGAGAAGCCCAAAAGAUCGACCGCAUGAUGGAGGCCUUCGCUCAGCGCUACUGCCAGUGCAACCCUGGUGUUUUCCAGUCCACAGACACGUGCUACAUCCUUUCGUUUGCCAUCAUCAUGCUCAACACCAGCCUCCACAACCCCAACGUGAAGGACAAGCCGACCGUGGAGCGGUUCAUCUCCAUGAACAGAGGCAUUAACGAUGGAGGGGACCUACCCGAAGACCUGCUCAGGAACCUGUACGACAGCAUCAAGAAUGAGCCUUUCAAAAUCCCCGAAGACGACGGCAACGACCUCACGCACACUUUCUUCAACCCGGAUAGAGAGGGCUGGCUGCUAAAGCUGGGAGGCGGCCGGGUCAAAACUUGGAAGAGAAGGUGGUUCAUUCUCACAGACAACUGUCUUUACUACUUUGAGUACACCACAGACAAAGAGCCCAGAGGGAUCAUCCCGUUGGAGAAUCUGAACAUCAGGGAGGUUGAGGAUAAGAAGCCUAACUGCUUCGAGCUUUACAUCCCAGACAACAAAGAUCAGGUAAUAAAAGCGUGCAAAACCGAGGCGGAUGGGCGUGUUGUCGAAGGCAACCACACCUUCUACCGCAUCUCUGCCCCGACUGAAGAGGAGAAAGACGAAUGGAUGAACAGCAUACAAGCUGCUAUUAGCAGGGACCCCUUUUAUGAGAUGCUUGCAGCCAGGAAGAAGAAAGUGUCGUCGCUUAAGAGGCACUAGAGCUGCUGGGCUCCUCCAACGUUGCACUUGACAGAGAAGAGGGGUGGCGUGGAGGUGGGGGGUGGGGGGUUCUGGCUGUCUGCUUCCCCCUCCUGGGUCGGUGCAGAGGCCACGGUUGAGGUUUCCCUCAAAACCUCUCCGACGGUUUCUCUUCAACUCUACAGGCUAGAAACAAAAACAGGAAGCAUGGUGGGGAGUCAGAUAAGAGCCGGGGGGGGCUCAAAGCUUCCUCAACCCUUCUGUCUGAAUGUCUCCUUUUUUUUUUUCCACUCACAGCUUUGGAUGUUCUGUUUCUCAGGCAGGAAGGGAAUCUUGCUGGUAAAAAUCCCCUUUUGAAAAAAAGCUUUAAGAAGUCAUUCCUCAUAUUCAUCGUGUAUAUCGACAACGUGCUCCUGCAGGCGCCCCCUUUGCACACGUCAUUUUGAACUCAGCAGGUCUGACCCAAGCGUGGCAUCCCCGAACCAAAAUGUUCCUCAAAGAUCUUUUACUGACGUGCUUUUAAUAUGUUUUAGUAACGAGUGUAUUUUUUUAAAGCUUUCGCUGUCUGUUGCUCUUUGUUUUGUCUGCCUGUGAUCACGACUGUUCUUGCAGCAGGAGCUGCUGGAAAGGCUGUUUCAGACCGACGGUUGAAGCAGUUGGGAAUGUUUUUAAUGAUUUUUUUUUUUUUUUUACUUUUGAGAAAAAGAGAAAGUGUAACCGCAAACCCUACGGUUACAAAACAAGUUGCCACUCAGGAGAUUAAAGCGAAAACGAAACCGGACCUCCUCUCGAUGCAACCAUUCAGAACUUGCGUGGUCUUGGUAUGUCUGCAAACUCAGUUCUUGUCUCCCUUUAGGCCCCCUUGCUACGUUACUCUGGAUAUUUAAACAGAUAUUUCUUUUUCUCCAAUUUGGUCAGUGCUGUUAGAUUCCAAUCAAAACCGCAUUUAGAUAUUUUAUCCUGCUGGACGCUUGUUAUACCGACGCUCAGCCUGCAGGGGACGGGAAAGUUGACAUUAACCAACAUCAGCCGUUAAGAGCAGAACAUCCUGAGCAUUGCUAAAGCAGUGCAAGGCAAAACAAUACAAGUGCUCCUGAACGCCACGUCCCCGCUGUGAAACCCGGCGUCAGCAGCGUUGUGACGCAGGGAGGAUUUCCGAAACUAAACGGCUGCAUUUCGUCGCGUCCGCGACACAAGUUUGUCGGCAGGUGGAAUAACUGAGGAAAGGGCAGAGAUUUGUGGAAACGAGAGACGGGACAAAGAGAGGAAGAGCGACCUUGCAUGUUGUGGCAUUUUUUAAUUAUCUCCAGAAAUCCUGGCCGCACACAAAUGUGAGUUUUGAAAAAAUCUCUGUGUCAAUGCGAACGGUGGGCGUCCCUUUUCCAAGUGAUCGGGUUCGCGCGGACAGAGCUUUUCGCUCCAUGUGCGAAACAGAAGCUCAGCGUCACUCUGUGACACUGAAGGAGUGUAAAUGUUAGAGAGCGCUAGUGCUCGGCGCUUUUGAGAAAAUGUGACUGGAAUUGCUGCUGGUUGGCGAGCCUGAUUUAGUUUUUUCUUUACCCUGUCUAGCACAGAUUUUCUCUCUCCUUAUUUUCUGCACAGUGUUGUUAUUUUUAAUAAUAAACAUAACCCCUCUGACCAUUGUAAAAAAUAACCAUUGUAAUCUUCAGGUUAUGUUAAAGCCAUAUUGUAAAAAAAAAAAAAAAAAGCAACAACAAAAGAAACUUAUUGCUGUCGAAGCUCUAAACUAUGCCUGUAAAUGAGUGGGAUGUACCUCCGUCUCAGGAUGUUUCGUAUGAAAUGGUGACGGGGGGCUGCAGCAGCGACAAAUUGAAAAAAAAACAAUCACAAAUUGUGCAUUUAGUUUUUAUUUUAUUUUCUAAAGUGGACUAUCUGUUCAGUUUCUUGUUUCUCGUCCUCUCCGCUGCUUUCGACGCCCUGCUCCCAGAGGAUUAGGAGAAGAAGAAGAAAAAAAAAAGGCAGAGCGGUCAUGAUUCUCAACAGUAUUGUUUUAUUUAUCAAUGUUGUACAUAUUUAAAUAGAUAGUGGGCGUUUUGUUUUGAGUUUUGUUAGAUUUGACAAUUUUGGUUUAGUAUACUGUUAUAGUAUUUCAGAUUUCUAUCAAUGCCAUUUACUCAAUUUGAAAUAAAGCCUCAUUUGUCUCUAAAA